AUGGUCAAAGCAAAGGCCUCAAAUGAUGAGAUUAAGCGUAAGUCCAAGCGCUUCAAGGCUCGGCUUGAGGAAGCGGCAAAAACUCCCAUCACAACCACUGGCAACGCUGCGUGUGCUGUGUCUGGAUCCCUCGCAUCCUCCAUGGCACCUUCUAAACAUCAGGCACCUACUUCCUGUGCACGUGCCGCACCGUCAAAAGAUUUGGAUCUCAACACAGCGGCAGAAUCGCUUGGCGUUCAGAAACGACGUAUUUAUGAUAUCACAAAUGUGCUGGAAGGCAUUGGUUUGAUUGAGAAGACAUCCAAGAACAACAUUCACUGGAAGGUUGCGAGUGGACCAACAGGUACCACUGAUAGCUAUCAGGGCCUGGACCACCUCCGACAAAAUAUUUCCGAUCUUAGGCAAGAGGAACAUAAGUACGAUCAGCACAUCAAGAUGGUUAGCCAGAAUAUUCGGCGUUUGUACGAAGAAGAAGCGUUUGACAAAGGCAGUUUUGAAAACUUUUGCUAUGUCACACAUGAUGAUAUGCGAAGGCAAGAAAGUUUUGCCGAUCAAAGCGUUAUGGCAAUCAAGGCUCCACCAGGUACAACACUCGAGGUGCCAGACCCAGAUGAAGGAAUGGCGGCUGGAAAGCGCCGCUUCCAGAUCUUUCUAAAGUCUACAGAUGGACCUGUAGAUGUGUAUUUAGUUCGACGAAUGGAUGAGAAGGAGAAUGACAGUACCAGCGAUUCACCAAAGAAGACAAGAGCACUUGAUAUUCUUGACAGCCCUGUACCUCCUUUAGACCAGCAGAGUUCGUACGACUCGGACAGCGGGAUCUUUAAACUCGCACCCUUGAAGACCGAUCCAGAUUUCUGUUUCAAUCUAGACGACAGCGAAGGCAUUUCAGAUUUCUUUUCAGAUAUGCCUUAA